AUGUCAUGGCUACAGGUUGUUAGUAGCUGCUCGGAGAUACUUCCAACGGGUAGCGCGACAGCAAUAGUGGCUUCCAACACUACCACAACCAUAACCGAACUCUUCACGGCCUACGCCCCUGCGAUUGCCGUAGCAUGGGCCUCGAGCGAUCUGACACUCUUCAAUUCUGCUUCGCUGCCUCUGUUGACCACUGCCAGCAUUACGUCUGCAGCGACUUCUGCGACAGCCACCGGCUCAGGCAUCUCAGCCGGCUCUGUAAUUGCUUCCAGUACUGUUACGACCGCGACGGGAGCAUCACAGACGUCCACGACACCUUAUCCUGGUCUCAGCGUAGGUGCGAAGGCUGGCAUCGGAGUCGGAGCCACUGUAGGCGGGCUUCUAUGCCUAGCUGUUGCUGUCUGGUUCUUGCUGUUCCGCAGGCGUUCUUCUCCUAGCAAGAAAUAUGUGCCUGAGGCUGAAGGCAAGGCUGAACUUCCAGGUGAUGGCAUCGAGAAGAAGGCACCUCAUGUCUCAGACCUUAGCCCUAAUGGUGAGAUCCACGAGUCUGCUGCGAAGGAAAGGCCCUCGGAGAUGGGAGAGAAUGUACAUUACGAGCUUGAAGGGGAUUGGCAUGGGCAUGAAGCGCCUACUACUGCAGGCCCUAACGUGCACUGA